UGCACGAGAGCGCAGCGAAACGCAACCCGGACCUGUUGGCCGCACAAAACCGGAUUGAAUAAUCGGCGAUAGGUCCGAAACUUUUCGUUUUGGCAUUGUUAAGUGCAGAUUCAUUUUUCUGGUUUUGGUCUCUUUUUCGCUUCUAUUCUCUUCGGUCAAAAACACACAAACACGCAAUCAAACCAGCCACCAUCCCCAAAGUCGGUACUGGUUGGGUCAGCAUGCGUUAGAUUCUGUACCUUUGCUGUUCGAUUGAUUGAUCCUGUGCUGAAUUAUCGGGUUUGUGGAGAUGGAUUUGGCAUCCAGUUGCAAGGAAAAAUUGGCAUAUUUUCGAAUAAAAGAGCUCAAAGAUGUCCUCACACAGUUGGGCCUUUCAAAGCAGGGAAAAAAGCAGGAUCUUGUUGAUCGGAUACUAUCUAUGCUCUCAGAUGAUCAAGUAUCCAAAAUGUUUGCCAAGAAGAAUGCUAUUGGAAAAGAACAGGUGGCAAAAUUAGUGGACGACACAUAUAGAAAAAUGCAGAUAUCUGGUGCCACUGACCUUGCAUCAAAGGGACAGGGAGCCUCAGAUAGCAGUAAUGUGAAAAUUAAAGGUGAAAAAGAUGAUUCCUUUCAAUCAGAUACAAAGAUUCGCUGUAUCUGCGGAAGUACAUUGGAUACAGAUCCAUUGGUCAAGUGUGACGAUCCACGAUGCCAUGUGUGGCAGCACAUAAAUUGUGUUAUUGUUCCAGAAAAACCUAUGGAAGGUGUCCUGCCAGUACCUGAUAAAUUUUAUUGUGAACUCUGUAGACUCAGCCGUGCAGACCCGUUUUGGGUUUCAAUGGGACACCCCUUGUUUCCUGUGAAGUUGAGCAUAACAAGUAAUCCAACUGAUGGAUCCAACCCAAUGCAGAGUGUGGAUAGAACAUUUCAAUUGACAAGAGCAGACAAGGACUUGGUAUCAAAACCAGAAUUUGAUAUUCAGGCUUGGUGUAUGCUUCUGAACGACAAGGUUUCAUUCAGGAUGCAGUGGCCACAGUAUACAGACCUACAGGUCAAUGGUGUUCCUGUUCGUGCAAUUAACAGACCUGGUUCACAAUUACUUGGGGCUAAUGGGCGUGAUGAUGGUCCAAUUAUCACGCCAUAUACAAAAGACGGAAUUAAUAAGAUUACCUUAACAGGAUGUGAUGCUCGCAUUUUUUGUGUGGGGGUCCGUAUUGUUAAAAGGCGCAGCAUGCAACAGAUCCUAAACAUAAUUCCAAAGGAACCUGAAGGUGAACAAUUUGAUGAUGCUCUUGCACGAGUUCGUCGUUGUGUUGGAGGUGGAAAUGAAGAUGAUAAUGCUGACAGUGACAGUGAUUUGGAAGUGGUUUCAGACACUUUUAGCAUCAGCCUUCGUUGUCCGAUGAGUGGUUCAAGGAUGAAGAUUGCAGGUAGAUUCAAGCCUUGUAUUCACAUGGGAUGUUUUGAUCUUGAAGUUUUUGUGGAAAUGAACCAAAGGUCAAGGAAGUGGCAGUGCCCAAUAUGUCUCAAAAACUAUGCGUUGGAGAAUAUCAUUAUUGAUCCCUAUUUCAAUCGCAUCACUUCUCGGAUGACAAACUGUGGUGAGGAGGUUACAGAUAUUGAGGUGAAGCCUGAUGGUUCUUGGCGUGUUAAGACAAAGAGUGAAAGUGAGCGCCUGGAGUUGGGGAAUCUUGCACAAUGGCACUUCCCUGACGGGUCCCUCUGUGUUUCGGCUGAUGGAGAAGGCAGAAGAGUGGAAGCUUUGAAGCUGGUCAAACAGGAGGGUGUUUCAGACAGUCCUACUGGCUUAAAGCUUGGCAUUAGGAAGAAUCGCGAUGGACUUUGGGAAGUCAGCAAACCUGAGGACACAAACACCUCUUCUGGUAAUAGAUUGAAAGAGGUAUUUGGAAAUCAUGAAGUGGUUAUUCCAAUGAGCAGUAGUGAUGGUGAUGAUCCCAGUGUAAAUCAGGGUGGGGGUGGUGGUGGUGGUGGUGGUGGUGGUGGUGGGCAUAUUGAUUAUUCUACCACCAACGGAAUUGAGAUGGAUUCUCCAUAUCUCAAUAAUGUUAAUUUAGCAUAUGAUUAUACUGCAAAUAACACUUCUGCUCAGGUAGGUGGUGCAGAAGUUAUUGUUCUUAGUGAUUCUGAAGAAGAUAAUGAUUUAUUGGUAUCUCCUGCAAUUACCUAUAAGAACAACGAAACUGAAGAUGGUUACUCAGUGCCACCGCCUGGAAUUGUUGAUUCGUAUAAUGAUGAGCACACUAAUCUUGGUGGUAAUUCAUGCUUAGGACUUUUCCCUAAUGAUGAUGAUUUUGGUUUGUGGUCCUUACCACCUGGAACUCAGGCUGGCCCAGGAUUCCAAUUAUUUAGUCCUGAUGCAGAUGUGUCAGAUGCAUUGGUGCAUUUGCAGCAUGGUCCUAUUAAUUGCUCAUCUUCAUUGAAUGGUUAUGCAUUGGCUCCGGAUGCUGGUUUGGGGUCUGGUAGUCUUAUACCAGAUUCCUCUGCUGGUCGAUCGGAUGCUGAUUUAAAUGUUGGAUUGGUUGACAAUCCAUUGGCAUUUGGGGGAGAUGACCAGUGCAACAUGAAUUGAGAGAUCAGGCAAAUAUGUCUAAUGGUGUCCUAAAUGAGGAUUGGAUAUCUCUUAGUCUUGGUGGUGGUGCCGCUGGUACAAAUGGUGAUACUUCCACUCAAAAUGGGUUGAAUUCUGGACUUCAAAUCGCACCCAGAGAUCUAGCUAGAGAAGGUGCCGCAAAUACCAAUAUGGAUGAUGCUGCAUCUUUGCUUCUUGGUAUGAAUGAUGCUAGAUCCGACAAGUCAAGUAGACAAAGAUCUGAUAGCCCAUUUUCAUUUCCUCGCCAAAAGCGUUCUGUAAGGCCACGCUUGUAUCUUUCUAUCGACACAGAUUCUGAAUAAUAGGUAGGCACCCAUUUUAGGCACUAAGGUGCCCCCUUGGGUUAUACAUCCAAGUGACAAUAUUUCUCUUGUAUUAUGCAUUGAUCCACCAGCCUUCCUGGCGUGGCUGAAAAAGUGAGUCUCUUCAUAAAAAGGGAAAACAAUUCCAAUAUUUCAUGGUGAUACUUUGCCUGUUGAAGAAAUGUGGCUACACAGCAUCUAUGUGUAGUGUGAACACCCCACAAGACCUGGGUGAUGAGGGACACGGUCACAGAAGCUAACAUGGUUUAGGCUUAAGCAGUUCCAUAAUAAUCUUGUCAAUAAAUUGUAGUGCUGGUUGUUAGUUAUCGAAAUCAUUUGUAUCCUGAUUUAAAUUAUAUCAGUUUUUGGUAAAAUUAGAAAUCAGCUACAAACAGUCUGUGUAUAUAAAUGCCGAGGGUUGAGCGAUUA